GCAUUACCCCGCGAACUGUCGGCCGCUACGCACGCAGCCAUGAUAGAUCACCCGCGUGGUUACGAUCAAAACAUGUGCAACCUCUACCUACCAUCCACUACCCCGGAACACGUACGCCUCGACGAAUUCGGAGUCUUCAAAAAGGGAAUGCCCAUUAUCUACAGUAACUACUACACCAAUGCCGCGAUUCACGAGCCCUAUCCCGACCCUGAGUAUGAUGCUAUCGGCUCUGUGUACACUAACCUGACUGCGAGCACUCAAGAUUACCAUCGCGAUGACUGGAAGCACAAAAUCAUCGGCAAUUGGAACGAAGAUGACUCCCUCGCCUGGUUCGUGGAUACUAUACAGCUGUUCGGCAUUAAUGAAUACGAUGUUCCGUCACACAACUUCAGGAUCCCGGGGAUAGAACUCAAAGGACUGAGAAGAGAGGAUGUCGUAGCUAGAAUGAUGAUGCCGAGCGUGGAUUCCUCGUCUAGCAGAAGGAUAGGAGACAUGAUAUAUGAGAAACUACAAUACAGAUUGAAUGAGGAGUCUGCAGUGUUUAGAUACGGUGAUGGUGAAUUAUAUCCCCAUCCGGAUUCAAUGCAGACCAUGCUCGACUUAGACACCCUGGACCACAAGAACAGAUAUCCGUCAGAUUACAGACCAAACGAUGGUAGUCUCCUACAACCGCACUGUGACAGCGACGACGCUGAAGAAGUGUUCCGCGGCUCAGAUACAGGAUCCCCCUUAUACUACGGGAGCGAUGGUAGCAAAUCUAGUGAUGAAGACGACAAACGCAAACAAAGAUUUAAAAGACCACCAGGAAGACCGAAAGGCAGCGGCCGGAAGGUCUGCAAGCGUCCACGCAGCGUCUCCGUUCCGGAAUUCCUGAGGAAUCUCUUAUUCGAUCCUAAAUAUUGUCCGGCUAUUAUAAAAUGGGAGGACCACUCACUCGGCAAGUUCAGGUUCGUGAAACCCGACGAGGUGGCGAAGCUGUGGGGACAGAUGAAGCAGAACGACAAUAUGACGUUCGAGAAGUUCAGCAGAGCCAUGAGGUACCACUAUAGGCAGUCGGUGCUGGUGUCAGUGCCGACCGCCCGCCUGGUCUACCAAUUCGGCCACAAAGGACCCGACAUAAACACCCCAAAUCCUAAUUUCGUCAAAGUGAAAACAGAAUCAGACGCCUCCGAAGUAACGUACUCCUAGUUUAAAUUUAAGUCCUUAGGUUAGAGAUAAAUUGUUAUAAACCGAUGCUCAGUGGAUUUGUAAACGAGAUGUCAAAUUAUGGGUAAUGUAAGAUGCCCUUUAUUACGGGCUGGAGAGCUCUUCAAUUCAUCAAAAUCUCAAAUUUGCCAAUGGUGAUGUCGUUACAAAAUCAGAGCCAGAGGAAAUGGUUGUUAAGUUACUCAGAUCCAAAUGUAAGUGUUAGGUAAAGAACAAAA